CGCACGCUUACCAAAUCAGCUAAAGGUACAUGUUGCUAUGCAAAAUGUACAGCCACUAACUCUAGAAGUCUGUUCCCUUGUGAUGAAACUCGCGGCAGUCUGUUCCCGCCGCUUCUCCACCUCGAACAUCACCAAGUCCAAUCCAUUUUACGGCAACCGGAUCGUCCAUGAACGAAUCAGGGAGCUGCACGCGCACCUUGUCCGUACCCACCAUCACAGGAACUCGAAUGCAAUGUCACCAGUCAUCAAAUCCUACGCCCUUUCUCAAAUAUCUAUCCAUAAAGCAGGUUCCUCUUUUAACGAUAUCGACCAACCCACACUGCCCAUCUGGAAUCACAUGAUACGCGGUCACUCCGCAGGCGACACCCCUGUUGCUGCACUCCACAUGUUUGGUAAAAUGCAUCACUCAGGAUUGCGUGGUGAUAAUCUCACUUUUAUAUUUCUGUGCAAAGCUUGUGCUAGGGUUUUGGAUUUUACAUUCGGGGAAAUGGUCCAUGUUCAUAUUUUUAAACUUGGGUUCGAGUCGUAUCUCUAUGUGUGCAACGCUUUGAUUCAUAUGUACGGUUUUUGUGGUGAAUUGUUUUAUUCGAGAAGAGUGUUUGAUGAAAUGGGUGAUAAGGACUUGGUUUCUUGGAACUCUAUCAUCUGUUCGUACAGUCAAUGCGCGAAUUAUUAUGAGGUUUUGGGCCUUUUUGAUGCGAUGGUAGUGGAAAAUGUGAAGGCUGAUGCUGUGACUUUGGUAAAAGUUGUUUUAGCUUGUAACCAUUUAGGUGCGUGGAAAUUUUUGGAUUAUGUGGUGGAGUAUAUAGAGAAUAAUCGUGUUCAUAUUGAUGUGUACUUGGGAAAUACACUGAUUAAUGUAUAUGGAAGGCGCGGUUUGAUUGGAUUCGCUCGAAGGAUUUUUGACAGGAUGACUGUAAGGAAUGUGGUUUCUUGGAAUGUGAUGGUUAUUGCGACUGCCAAAUCGGGCGAUUUAGCUGCAGCCAGGAAAAUCUUCAGUGAAAUGCCGGAGAGAGAUGUGAUUUCGUGGACUUCCAUGAUCACCGGAUACGCUCAGGGCAACCAACAUGAUGAUGCUAUCAGUCUUUUAAAAGAGAUGAUGGUAGCAAAGGCCAUUCCCGAUAAAAUCACAGUAGCGACAGUGCUAUCUUCCUGUGCGCGUCUAGGGAGGCUUGAGAUGGGUCGGGCUAUUCAUGAUUACGUGAUCAAUGAGAGUGUUGAAUCAGAUAUCUAUGUUGAGAAUGCUCUUAUAGACAUGUAUUGCAAAUGUGGAUCUGUUGAAGAGGCAAUGGAGGUGUUUGAUGAGAUGAAAGUGAAGGACUCUGUGUCGUGGAGUUCGGUCAUCACUGGUCUUGCUGUGAAUGGAAAUUCUGGCCGCGCUCUUCAAUUAUUCAUGGAAAUGUCGAGAGGAGGAGGAUUAAGACCGACCCAUGGAGCUUUUGUUGGGGUGCUGCUGGCUUGCGUCCAUUCGGGUUUGGUGGAGAAAGGGUUGGAAUUUUUCUGCAGUAUGCAAAAGGAUCAUGGAUUGGCACCGGAAAUGACACACUACGGGUGUGUCGUGGAUCUUUUAUGUCGGUCUGGCGACCUUAGUAGGGCGUAUGAAUUCAUAAGGAAGAUGCCUAUAGUUCCCAGUGCUGCAGUGUGGAUGAUAUUAUUGAGUGCUUGUAAAACUCAUGGUAAUCUGGUUUUAGCAAGAAUUGCUUCUGAGAAGCUUCUGGAAUUGGAUCCGGGUAAUGGUGCAAACUAUGUGCUCUCAUCCAACUCAUAUGCCAGUGCAGAGAGAUGGGAUGAUGCUAUAAAAGUGAGGGAACUGAUGGGCAGCAGGGACAUCCCCAAGCCGGUAGGUUGGAGUUGUGUAGGAACCAACCACAUUCCGAAAAUAAACUAUCAUCUACUUAUCACAAAGAAAGGCAAAGGGCACAAAUUUAUUACUAUUUCUCUUUCCUUAUUGAUCAAAUUAAUAAGAACAUGAGAAACAGCGGCAGUAUAUCAAGUCUUGUUGUGUGUGUCUGUUUGAAGCUGAACAAAGCAGCUAAUCUCAUGGCCCCAAGUUGGAUCCUUCCUUUUGCGGUUGCUCUAUCCUGCUUCUUUGGAUUGCUUUGAGAGAGCCCCGGCGAUGCCAAUUCUGUUUACCAGGCUUGUGUUUGGCAAUGCGAGAAGACUGGAUGCGUGAGGGAACAUUACAGGGAUAUUCCCCUUUCUAGCUACAAUACGAGCUUUUUAAGUAAGAGUUGAGGAGGCAAUGAGGGUCAUGAUCGCAGCUCCAGUAUUUGGUAUUCUAACAAUCCACAUCUGUUUAUGAACUUGUAUGAGUUUGACUAUGGUAAGCACACUGCAAAGCUCUUCUUGUUAAAUGAAUCAUACUUCAGUUUGUGCUA